GUCAGUCAGGAACAAUGGUAAUAUUGCAGGGAAGUGAACAAUACUUGGUGUUCUGGAGCAUACUUAGAAAGGUCAUAGUGCUGGAGCGACAGCUGGUGCAAUACGAGUUUCUUUUUUUUCUCCUUUUAAUGUGUGAUGGAGUCUGUUUUUCUCACCUUUAUUCUUGUUUUUUCCUUUGCGGUAUAUUACUCUCACGCUGGCACUCAAGACUGGGAUGAUGUUGUGGUGGCUAAAGAGAACAUACCGACCAUCUUACCCUGUAUUGAUACAACAGUGAGGGGCGCCGUAGCCAUUAACUGGAUAUGGAAGUCAUUUGGUUCAGAUAAAUCGAAAAUGGUUCUCUUAGCCAAUGAAAGGAAAGAGAUCUCUGGUGGUGGCUCAAAGGCAUCCAUGCGACUGGCUGACCAUAACUUUCAAGAAACCGGAGUGUUCUCUCUGUUCUUUCUUCCCAAAAUGGAGGACAGUGGUUUCUACUCAUGCAUGAUAAAGCAACAAGGGAAGGAAAUAAAGAAGAUUAUCCUCUUAGCUAUCCUUACAGUCACUGUGGUCCCAGCUGCACCCAUUCCUCAUCAUAGCACCCUGCGGCUGAUUGCCAGUGUUAAUCCUGACAGUGCCAUCUCCAAGAUCACCUGGGUAUCACCUGAUGGUGUUUCCAUGAAGAGCGAGAGAAAGCCAAACACAGGCACAGUGGCUAAGCUGCCACAGGUUUUUAACAAUGACAAUGGGACCUAUGUGUGUAUGGUUCGCUCUUGGGGUAACGGCAACAACACUCUUUUCCCCUUCAAUGUGGAUGUGACUGUUGAUGAUGACAAUGUGUUCACAUUCACAAAUAUAACAUACGCCCCUUUGAUCUCCACCGCCACUAAGGCUCAAACAUCUUUCACCCUAACCUGCCCUCCUGUCCAGGGGGACUACGUCCUGCUGCACUGGAUGCCUCCAGAUCCCAGGAAGCAGGGUAAUUUUAAACUGGUGUACCAGUAUGACCGGUGGCGGGGUACCUUCUUGAUGUCUGAGCAAAGCAAAAGAGUCCAGCUUGCCGGCCCACCCUAUAAUGCAGAGGCUGGGAGCUUUUCCUUUCUACUCGCACCUGGAUUGAAAGAGGGUGGCGUCUACAGCUGUGAUGUGCUCCUCAAUGACAACGCAUUCAGCCAGAGGACCCAGCUCAGCGUGCUGAAAGUUAAAACCACCCAACAUGCCUCAAAGAUGGAGUUGGUGUGCCUUUACUCAGAGCGGUCUCAGGUCCAAAGUGUCAAUUGGAAAUACCAGAAUAAGAGUCGGCAGCUGAAAAUGUCCAGCAACAAUCCUGGCAGCAUCUCCACCACUCUGCCUAUGCCUAUCACCUCUGAGACAGCCGGGAACUACACCUGCACCCUACAGCUGAAAAAUGGUCAGAUAGUCUGGGCAACGCAAGCUGUAAGACUGCCCUAUGAAGAGCAUGUCAGAGUCACCCCCUCCCAGCUCCCUUCUCUCUCUGCUUUAUUACUCUUGGUGCCCCUGGUUGCUGCGGCUGUCUGUGUGUUGCUAUGGAGACAGAAACACAUUUCUGAUCGCGGUAUUGAGCAGUCUCUGUCCGUCCAGUCACGCGAAGUAGAGAACAUCUAUGAGAAUCCUGAGGACGUCAGACAGGCUCCUCCCGAGGGUCCAGUCUACAUGGAUUUGAAACCAAGAGGAGAGGAUGAUGUCUAUAAGGAACUGGAGCGAUAUGAACAGUGUCAGAGCUGAUCACCUACCCACAUCUCAUCCUCAUCCAACUGUCAUAUGUGCUCAGUUCCCAGCUGCAGCAGAAGGCCUUGAUAAACAAAUGUAACAAAUGAAUGUCAGGGUUUGGAUGUGAAGAAAAACUUCAAUGCUUUGGGGAAAUGCAACUUUGAAAGUUUAAACUAUUGCUAUUAUAAUAAGUUGUAAAUACUGUAUUGCUGUCAUAUGUACGGAGCCCCUGAAAUCCCAAAGGGUGCAUUUUAAAAAAAAAUCUUGUUCAUACAAGACAAUUUACUAUAAAUUAAUAUGCAUCUCAGAUGCACACAGCCAACGCAUAAUGGCGUGAACUCAGCUGAGUUCUAUUUUUCACCUUGGCUUGUCAUAUCACAAGACGAAGGAGUGUUUGAUGGAGGUUUUAAAAAUGAUUGACUGGAAUGUUUAGUCAAGCCUCACUUAUUGAUAGUUGGUUUUCUUAAUGAGAACUAUAAAAACUAUAGACUACACUUUAAAUGAUUGUGUGUACUGUACUUCUUGACAGCUGUAAAUAUCAAAAACUAAAUCUUUAACUCUCAAUCUGAACUUUUUUUUUCUCCAUUAUUUCACAUCUUUAUUUUUAGUAUUUUUAUCUUGGGUGCACAAGUUAUUUAUCUUGGAAAAGAAGAGCACUCUUUGGGACUUUAGAAGCUCUGUAAGUUAUAUUUCUUGACAAGUGUAUUAUCCUCUUAAGCAUUUAUUAUUGUACCAUAUGUGUUGCACUUCUUUUUCUUCUCUUUAUUUUUUUAAACAUUCUUUUAUUUAGAGAAAGUAUCUUCCACAGGAGACUUCCACAAAACAACAAAAAACACAAUACAGACAAAGCUUCUUACGACCAGCUGUUACCAAUUCAUCUGUCUGUCCAUCCAAAGUGGGAAAUGACAGGGGCCCACAAAACCAAAAACAAAUCCAUUUUUAGAUGAAGUUUUGCAUCUUUCCCAUCAAAUAAACAUUCUUUAGUCUCUCUCGUCAUUGUUGAAGGGUGGGAGGUAAAGGUCUGAGCCAACACAGGGUUAUCAUUUUCCUCGCCACAAGUAGGAGAAUCUGUAAGAGUUGGGCUUUUCUCUUCCCUAUAUCCUCCCCUGGAGUCAAACCCAGUAUAUAGUGUAAUGGAUUUCAUUUUCAGAAUGUUUUGAAUUUCUGCUUGGAUCCCUUGCCAAAAUGGAGUCAAUAUCGGGCUAUGUGUUGCAUUUCUAUGGAUGUAUUAACAGACAUGGGGACUUGAGACUUAGUGACUUGGACUCGAGUCGCCGUUUUUAUGACUUGUGACUUGAC